AUGGCUAAAAAAAGAACCAAGCUCACCAAAAAACAAACUUCAAGAAGGUCUUUAAAUGCUUUUGAAUUAGCAGAACGGGAAAUCAAUGGAACUGAAUCAGAUUCCUUUACUCCAAAUUAUAAAAAUAAAAAAAAUUAUUUACGGUUGAAUGGUACAAUCGUUAAUCCAAACAAGCUACAUAAUGAUGACUCAGACAACAUUGACGACUCAGACGAUGAUUUUGAAGAUGAAGAAUUAGACUCAGAUGAAGCCUUAAAUUCCGAAGACGAUUACGAUGUCUUAAAUUCUAAAUUUUCUCAAACAAUUAGAGACAAAAAUAACAAUGAACUAAAACUUGGUAACCAAGAAAAAGAAGAGGAGGAAGAAGAAGAAGAGGAAGGUGGAUACACUUCCAUUGAUGAGGAAGAAUUAAUGCCUUUAUCUAAAGUCUGGGAUAUUAAUGUCAAUAAUCCCAAGGAAUCUGCUGGUGACAAUAACAGUAGCGAAGAUGACAGUGCCUUGAAAUUUGAUGAUCGAGAUGAAGAAGAUGCUGAUAGUGAGAGCGAAGAAGAUGCUGAUAGCGAAGAAGUUAACGAUGAUAUCCACUCAGAUGAUCCUUUUGAUGAAGUGUCUGACGACGAUGAAGAAGUUAAUUUAAAUACAGUUACAAGCAAAUUAAAUAAAGAAAAUGACAAAUCUUCAAAUUUAUUCAAAAAAUUAGAUACUUAUGCAGAUGGGGAAGAAAAUGAAUUUGCAUUGCCAGGUAUUUCAUCUUCUGGAUUGUUUAACACUAGUGCUGAUAAUAAUACCAGUAGCGGUAAAAAAUUAAAGUUGACCGACUUGUUAAGUGUUGUGGACGAUAAAAAGGCAUUAGAUAAAGCCACAUUGUUAAAAGAGGCUCAUAAACCAAUGGCUGUUCCUUUACCUCAGAGAAUUCAAAAAAGGCAUGAACGUAAAAUUGCUUAUGAACUUUCUAAGGAUGAAGUAAAUAAAUGGAAAGAUACAGUGCAGCAAAAUAGACGGGCUGAUCAUUUAUCAUUCCCUCUAGCUUCAAAAAGUCAUCCUGUUGAAGCAUCUACUUUUACACCAGUUGAAAAACCAGUCACCGAGUUGGAAGAAAAAGUUGGCAAGAUGUUGAAAGAUAGUAAUCUGGUAGAGAUCACAAAGAGAGAAUCAAAAUUCGAAGAUAUCGCCACUGCUACAAUGAGUCCUGAGGAAAUGAAAAAAAGGACUACUGAGCUAAGAUUAAUGAGGUCUUUGAUGUUUCGUGAAGAAAGGAAGGCUAGGAGAAUAAAAAAAAUUAAAUCCAAAGCCUAUCACCGUGUUAAGAAAAAGGAAAUGUUAAGGAAUAAAGCAUUAAUUAGCGAAGAUGCUGACCAGGAUUCCGAUGAAGAGGCUUCGGAAAAACAUGAUAUCCAAAGAGCGAAGGAAAGAAUGACAUUAAAACAUAAAACAACAUCGAAAUGGGCACAAGAUAUGAUUAAGCAUGGUAUGACUAAAGAUCAAAGCACACGUGAGGAAAUGGAAGAAAUGCUAGCGCAAAGUGAACGUUUGAAGAGUAAGAUUUUGGGUCAUGGUUCAGAUGAUAGCGAUGAGGGUGAUACUUUCAAUGGUAAUUUGAGUGAUUUAGAAAGAGAAAAUGAUGAUGCUAAUGCAGAGACUAGUUCCAAUUCACGGGCCAAUGUUGGUAAAAGUGGUGUUUUAAAUAUGGCAUUUAUGAAGAAUGCUGAAGCACGCGAAAAAAAAAAAAACCAAGAGAUGCUUGGUGAAUUGAGGAACUUGGAAAAUGGUGAUGACACAGAACUUUUCAAAAGUGGUGCCAAGGACAUGGGCGCUAACAUUAUCCUAAAUCAAGGUAGAAGAGUAUACACGCCUGCAGCAUCGGAUUCUAAUAUAAAUAUCAAAGAACAUGAUAAGCGUAUUUUAGAAGAAAAUGAGAUAGAUGGCUCUAGGGACAUUGUUAAAAGAGUCAAAGACAGACAUGAUAAAAAAACAGAGGAGCGUAAUAAUUCUAAACCUGUUAAAACAGUAGAUGAAAAUGAAAAUGAAAAUGAAAAUGAAUCUGUUAAUAAAGUUAUUGGAAACGCUAAUCCUUGGUUAAACGAAGAUUCUGAUAAUGAGGGGUAUUCUGGUCAAAAAACUGGUAAAGUCAAUGUGGUGGAUGAGAAUAGUUCCAAGCAAUCCAAGAUGGAAAAUAAGAUCAAUAAAAAUAAGGCUAAACAUGCCAGAAAAUCAAAAAACAAAAACCACACUAACGAAGAUCUAAUAUUAAAUUUAGAUGCUGGAAGCACUUUGAACAUUGUUGACCCAUAUGGUGGCUCCGAAGAUGAGCAAGUGGCUUUUCAGCAGCAAAAUGUUAUCGCAGAAGCCUUUGCUGGUGAUGAUGUUGUUUCCAACUUUGAAGAAGAAAAAAAACGAGUUGCUAUUGAUGAAGAUGAUAAAGAAGUAGACGUUACUCUACCAGGCUGGGGCGAAUGGGCUGGUUCUGGUACCAACAAACAUAAAAAAAGGAAAUACAUAAAAAAAGUGAAAGGUCUUGUUAAUAAAGAAAAAAGGAGAGAUAAAAAUUUGAAAAAUGUUAUUAUUAAUGAAAAAGUAAACAAGAAAAAUUUAAAGUACCAAUCAUCAGCUGUUCCAUUCCCAUAUGAAAGUAAAGAACAAUACGAAAGAUCAUUGAGAAUGCCAAUUGGACAGGAAUGGGCCUCUAGUAACACAUAUAGCAAGAUGAUUAAGCCCAGAAUAAUGACUAAACCAGGUGUUGUUAUUGAUCCUUUGAAAGAGCCAUUUAAAUAG